AGCUCCCACGGGGGAGGGGGGCGGUCUUCCUCCUCCCCUCCUUUCCCCUCCUCUCCCCAUCUUUCCCCUCCCUUUCCCUCCCCUCCAUUCGCCUCGCCUCCCCUCGCCUCGCCUCGCCUCGCUUCGCCCCGCCUCGCCUCGCUUCGCCCCGCCGCGCGCUCCGAGGUCCAAGAUUCUCCACUCUUCUCCAUCAGGUGGAGCCGUCCGCGCUUCCCGCCCCCCGCCUCGCCCGCGAACUGUGCGCAGGCACCUUGCAGCGCCAGGAGGUUAACCGAGGCCCCGGAGGAGGUGAGGCCAAGGAGCCGGCGGGCGGAGAUGGCCGGGCCGCCGUCGGGGCUGGCGCCAGAGCCCGGCCGGCUGUGGGUCCUGCAGCUUCAGUGAAAGGAGCCCUUCUGUCACUCGUCACUGGCUCCCGCGCCCGCCCGCUCGCGAGCUCGCUGUGGGAGGAGCCCCCGGGAGGAAGCCAAGCCGUGCGCCAGGGCUGCCGAGAGCCACAGAAUGGAUCUGCUCCGCGCGGGGACGUCGCUGACGAGCCCGGCUUCUCGCGGCGGCUAGGAGCCCGGCCACCCGGCCACUGGCGUCGGCAGGCUGCGGGGACCUGGAGGCUCGGGGAGAGCGGGGCCGCGCCGAGGGACGGACGCACGGACAGACCGAUGGUUGGCGCGCGCCCGGGAGGACCGCGGCGGAGGCUGAGCACGGAGAGCCGCCCGGGAGGAGAAACUCACUGCCGACCCAAGUUGCCCCGCCGGCUCUCCCUCGCGGCGCUGAGGAAUGAAACCUUUCCAGCUCGAUCUGCUCUUCGUGUGCUUCUUCCUCUUCAGUCAAGAGCUGGGCCUCCAGAAGAGAGGAUGCUGUCUGGUGCUGGGCUACAUGGCCAAGGACAAGUUUCGAAGAAUGAAUGAAGGCCAAGUGUACUCCUUCAGCCAGCAACCCCAGGACCAGGCCGUGGUGUCGGGCCAGCCAGUGACUCUGCUGUGUGCCAUCCCCGAAUACGAUGGCUUUGUCCUGUGGAUCAAAGACGGCUUGGCUCUGGGUGUGGGCAGGGACCUCUCAAGCUACCCACAGUACCUGGUGGUAGGGAACCACCUGUCCGGAGAGCAUCACCUGAAGAUCCUGCGGGCAGAGCUCCAAGAUGACGCUGUGUACGAGUGCCAGGCCAUCCAGGCCGCCAUACGGUCUCGCCCCGCACGCCUCACCGUCCUGGUGCCACCUGAUGACCCGGUCAUCCUGGGGGGGCCUGUGAUCAGUCUGCGGGCAGGGGACCCCCUCAACCUCACCUGCCAUGCAGACAACGCCAAGCCUGCGGCCUCCAUCAUCUGGUUGAGGAAAGGAGAGGUUAUCAAUGGGGCCACCUACUCCAAGACCCUGCUGCGAGAUGGCAAGCGCGAGAGCAUCGUGAGUACCCUCUUCAUCUCCCCGGGCGACGUGGAGAAUGGGCAGAGCAUCGUGUGCCGAGCCACCAACAAAGCCAUCCCGGGAGGGAAGGAGACUUCGGUCACCAUAGACAUCCAGCACCCCCCGCUCGUCAACCUGUCGGUGGAACCACAGCCAGUGCUGGAGGACAACGUUGUCACGUUCCACUGCUCCGCAAAGGCCAACCCGGCUGUCACCCAGUACAGGUGGGCCAAGCGGGGCCAGAUCAUUAAGGAAGCAUCUGGAGAAGUAUAUCGGACCGCCGUGGACUACACGUACUUCUCAGAGCCUGUCUCCUGCGAGGUGACCAACGCCCUGGGCAGCACCAACAUCAGCCGCACCGUGGAUGUCUACUUUGGGCCCAGGAUGACCACAGAGCCCCAAUCCCUGCUCGUGGAUCUGGGCUCCGAUGCCGUCUUCAGCUGUGCCUGGACAGGCAACCCCUCCCUGACCAUCGUCUGGAUGAAGCGGGGCUCGGGCGUGGUGCUGAGCAAUGAAAAGACCCUGACCCUCAAAACCGUCCGCCAGGAGGAUGCUGGGAAGUAUGUGUGCCGAGCCGUGGUGCCCCGGGUUGGGGCUGGGGAGCGAGAGGUGACCCUGACGGUCAAUGGACCCCCCAUCAUCUCCAGCACCCAGACCCAGCAUGCCCUGCACGGGGAGAAGGGCCAGAUCAAGUGUUUUAUCCGGAGCACACCACCACCCGACCGAAUAGCCUGGUCCUGGAAGGAGAAUGUGCUGGAGUCAGGGACAUCGGGGCGCUACACAGUGGAGACGGUCAGCACCGAAGAGGGGGUCAUCUCCACACUGACCAUCAGCAACAUCGUGCGGGCCGACUUCCAGACCAUCUACAACUGCACCGCCUGGAACAGCUUCGGCUCCGACACGGAGAUCAUCCGGCUCAAGGAGCAAGGUUCGGAAAUGAAGUCGGGAGCCGGGCUGGAAGCAGAGUCUGUGCCGAUGGCCGUCAUCAUCGGGGUGGCCGUAGGAGCUGGCGUGGCCUUCCUCGUCCUUAUGGCAACCAUUGUGGCCUUCUGCUGUGCCCGCUCCCAGAGAAGUACGGGAGGGAGACCCGGGAUCUCAGGGAGGGGGACAGAGAAAAAGGCCAGGCUUAGACUGCUCCGGAGAGCAAAUCUCAAAGGGGUUGUGUCGGCCAAGAAUGACAUCCGAGUGGAGAUUGUCCACAAGGAGCCUGCCUCCAGCCGGGAGGCAGAAGAACAUCCCACCAUCAAGCAGCUGAUGAUGGACCGGGGUGAAUUCCAACAAGACUCAGUACUGAAGCAGCUCGAGGUUCUCAAAGAAGAGGAGAAGGAGUUUCAGAACCUGAAGGAUCCCACCAACGGCUACUACAGUGUCAACACCUUCAAAGAGCACCACUCGACUCCCACCAUCUCGCUGAGCAGCUGCCAGCCGGACCUGCGCCCCGCUGGCAAGCAGCGCGUGCCCACGGGGAUGUCCUUCACCAACAUCUACAGCACCCUGAGCGGCCAGGGCCGCCUCUACGACUACGGGCAGAGGUUCGUGCUGGGCAUGGGCAGCUCGUCCAUCGAGCUGUGCGAGCGGGAGUUCCAGCGGGGCUCCCUCAGCGACAGCAGCUCCUUCCUGGACACGCAGUGUGACAGCAGCGUCAGCAGCAGCGGCAAGCAGGACGGCUACGUGCAAUUCGACAAGGCCAGCAAGGCCUCUGCCUCCUCCUCCCACCACUCGCAGUCCUCUUCCCAGAACUCCGACCCCAGCCGACCCCUGCAGCGGCGGAUGCAGACUCACGUCUGAGGAUCCCAAACCCGGGCUGGGGAGGGCUGCAGGGGCGGGGGGUGGGGUGGGGGAAAACAGGGUCGUGCCACGUGCUGGCUCUCCAUGGACUGUGGGUGUGUUGCAGCGGACCCCAGAACAGGCUGCCUCCAGGAUAACCCCCCCGCCCCCCGGAGGGCCUCACCACCGCCCUCCUCCGAAGCCCUGAUCAAGCACAAACCCCGAUCCCCAGCUGCCGCGUGCCAGGCGGGCGGGCGGGGUCGCGGUUCGAGGAUGCAGCUGAGUGCUGUGCUGUGCUCUGUGCUGGACACUCCGUUCCCAGCCCUUUCCUGGAGGCCCACCCCCACCCCCACUACAGGCGCUCGAGGCAGCUAGAACUUGGCUUUCAUGAAACUGCCGUCCACUCUCCGGCCUCCCUGUGAGCUCUACCCCCUUGCUGCCCACAGCCCUCCCCUGUGCCUGUUGCUCCUCCACAAUCCUGGGGAGGGGGGUGGUGAAGCGCUUUCCAGCACUGAGCUUCCCCCCUCAACCCCCCCAGCGCCCCCUGCUGCUCAGAGCCCAGACCCUGGAUGCUCAGAAGCCAGAAAGGGCCUCGGAGCAUCUCUCCCACCACACUGACCGUGAGCCCACCCCAAUUUGUUAGGUGUUUUGUGUCCAUAUUCUUGCAGCUCUGUCCUUGGACUUGAGGCCUCUGAACUCUGAGGUGGGACUGGCCCUUUCAGGGACAGAUGUCCUGGGAGGAAGAGGGAGAGGCAGGAGGGAACACGGGCAGGCGCACCUGGGGAAACUUGCCCACCACUCCCCUCACCAGGCUGUACUGUUCAGAGGCUCCCCGCCCACCCCUACUUCCUGUACUGCCUUCCUCCCCUGCAGCACAGUCAGAGUUAAUAGAAGAAGUGUGAGAGCUUCUCUGGGCCGGGGUUCUUCCAACUGUCAUUGCAGAGAGCAUGUCCUGGAGCACGUAGGGCUUAAGGGGACUAGAGGUCAGGUCCUUAAAAUGAUGAGACUUGCUUCUCAGCUGCUGAAUCUCCAGGGGCCUAGAUCCACACAAGGAACGAUGGUCCUGCCUUCAGUAGGGCUCCACAGGCAAGAGAGAAAGUCCAUCUACACAUCACCGCCCCCCCCACUCACCACCUGAAAAUAAAUGUUAGGGCCGUUACACCACCAUAUCCGUUCCGUCCUUUUGUUUCUGCAGAGCCGAGGGAAGAGGUCAAGGGCUCCGAGUAUGAUCUGGAAACACGAGGUUCUUUGCCCUCCUUUGAUUCAGUUGUCCUAGAUAAUGAAAGCAGGUGAUGAUUCUGGUAUUAACCGUACCCACAGGCAGGCUCCCUCCCCAGACAGUGGGCAAAGGCAGGACCCAUGCCAAAUACAGCGUAGAGGCAAUGUGGUCGUACUGGGCUUUGGAGGGGUCAUUCUAGGCCUUUCUCUUGGUGAUGUUCUACAAGGAAAGCUCCUUCUGUCAGGGGUUCAGGGCAAAAGGCUCUCUUCAAAGAGCCUAUGCCAUGGAACUCCCUAACACUCUUGAGUUUUAAUUAAUAUCUGAAUGGCCUUGUUUGAACGGAAGACUCCAGGUAGUGAUGGCAGACCAGAUGGGAUGGACAGAUAGGGGCAAGUUAGAAUGUUGACAGAGUGGCAGGAUCCAAAGGGAGCUUUGGAAAACGCAGAGUGUCCUUAAGGUUGGAGGUCCCUCCUAGGUUAGAACCCUUCUUGUCCAAGCUUCCCCAGUAAUCCUUCCCCGUCAUAGGAACCUGUACUCAAAAGUCUGUCCUUCUUUCCAUAUGUACUGAUUCCUUCGAUGGCCCCAACCACAGAUUCUAUACAUAACCUUCCUAACUCCUCCACCCAGAAGAAUGUCCUCCUUCUACCAUAUUUCCCAUUGCCUCAAAACUCCCCAGUUCCCUAGGUAACUUCCUUUGCAGCCCUCAUGCCCAAGAGAGUAGAAACUGAUAAGAAAUGUAAAUGUAUAUCCCAGUCUACAUCCAGCUCCUAGUGCCGUUCUGGCCCCACACAGAUGCCAGGAUAUUGGCCCCUGUGCUCUCUAGGUCAACCUUGACAAGGCUGCUUCUUUCCUGCACAUGUUUUGCUUCCACCAGCAAGGAACAAGGAUCUAAAACAGAUGCAAGGUGGUGUGCUGUGAGUCACGAGGAGGACUCAAAAGAUUAGUCCAUUAAUUCCUCCCAGCCUUCCCCACCUCAGAGGAGGGUGACACCUGCCUCCUAAUUUUCACCACACCUCCCUUGUCCCUUACCCCUUGCCCCAGUCACAUACGCAUACGUAGUUCUCAUAAAAGGGUCUCCACCCAUUCUUUCCUGGAAUCUCAGGUCAUGACAGCAUAACCAGAAGAUCAAGUGAGAACUCUGUUCUCCCGUAGAAUGGAAGGAGCUCUCUCCCUCUCGAGCUUCAGGCAGUCAGGAUAAGGAUGUGAACUAUCAUGGCAGCAAGCAAAGAGCAGGGGCUGUGCUACCAACACCUGGCCACGCAGGGCCCAACCCCACGAGCUCUCUCCAAUGCACGAAUCCAGCAAAAAACGACUGAAGGGAUAGGAGGUCCCAAGUAAGAUCUUGGCAAAAGAGAAGAACAGAGAGGGGGGAUAUUAGCAACAUCUGAAGGCUUCUGGAAGGUUGAGGUCUUGAGAAGGAGCCUAGACUGCACUCCGUCCCCGCCUAGGUUGUCCCCAGCCCUAUUUCCUUCUCGCAGAACAGUGAGGGCACAAACAACUGGUAAAGGGAAGGGUUAAAAAAGGUUUGGAGGCAGAGGGAAGCCCUGGGUUCUCCUGUAGGUAAUUUCAAAGGAACUAAAAUGAGCACUCUACAUUUGUAAUCUUAUUUAACCUUCAUAAAGGAUCACCAUUUUACAGACGAGGGCAUGUGGCUUCAAGAAGCCAGUUUUGCCCAAGGUCACAGGGCUAACAAGUGGCAAACUUGUUAUACACACAUGAGCUCCCCUGUAAAAUGUCUCCAUCCAAAGCACAAACUCAAGGCCACUGUCAUCCUAGAAUAUGAUGAAAAUGGCCGAUGGUAAAGGCCACCUGCUGGCUCCCACCCCGAGAUGGGGGUGGGGGGCAUGCUAAGCAAGGAGAGACCACGGCUCCAUUAGGAAGGGACUGGCGUCCUCCACCUCCAGUCCCCAGAGGACCUGGAAAGCCCACACUCCCGGAAAACAAAGCUAUUCUGUGUAUCCAGGCACCCCCACCACUUCCACCAAGACCAGUAUCCAGUUUUAUGAUAGCUUUAAAAUUCAUUAUUGGCUCCCAGUCCCUGGAUGGGAGCCCGGUUUCUGAUUCUCAGGCUCGCUAUCAGUCUGGAAAGCCCAGGGUCAUUUCCAGUACCUCUUCGACUUUCAUGGAACAGGAAGCACUCUCACAUGAUGAACUAGAAUACCGCAGCAAAUCCAUUUCUGAUGAAGAUGAUUGAAACAAGGGCUCUAAAGUAAUAGGCCUCGAAGCUGCCUUUAAGCUUCCGGAGUGGAGAGGACCCGGGGAAAAGAAAAUAAACAUGAGGCCAUCCUUGGGAGGCGUCUCAGAACAGGAGAAAAGGAGCCAACAGAAUUCCAUUUCUCACCGCCUGCAUGGGAGGCACACAGGGGGUGUAAGGCGUGUGCUAUUAUGAAAUCCCAAGGUACACACCCCAGGUUUCAUUAGCUCUGCCCAGGUAUCAUGUGUGUGGUUUGUGGUUUAUGAGGGCACCAGAAAAAAAAAAAAAGACCAAGGUGGGGGGGGUCCUGCCAUUAGUUGAUGCUCUAGGAAGCUUCCCCACCAAAUAAACUCUUUAUUAAAAUUAGAAGUAUAAGUAAUUUAAAUAAAAAUGAUCUUAAUUUGCAUAGAGAUUUUUAUUUAACAUACCACUUGCUGUGCCUAUUUAAAGAUGAAGGACAUCUCAGCUAAAUCUUAAAUUUUACUUCCCUUUUACAAAAAGUCUUAUAAAAACCUCUAACCUAAGUUGUUUUUAGGAGCUGUAACUGCACACCAGCCAUUUAUUUGCAGCUUUAACAUCAAAAUUACCAGCAGUCUUUGAGAAUCACUGAUAAAGAGCUCUCACUCUGAUGGUUACUUCUUGUUAGCAGUAAGGCUCCAAUCAUCUUUUCCCCAACCCCUUUAUGUUUCAGUCUUUCUAACUAGGUCAUAAAGUGGGGAAAAUGAGAAAAUUCUAAGCUAGUCAUCUGUCUAAAAAUAAAGAUUUGUUUCCCUGGAUGAAUAUAUUCUUGAUAUAAGGAAAGGAGGACCAUCCGUUCUGUCUCUCUAACUCCUAUUCCUCCUGGGUCCAUCUCCCCCUCCUCUCUAAUGGCUAAGUCUUUGACAUACGCUAAAAGCUUUCAUUAUCACAGGCCCUGUGGGUUUCUUUACUCCUACACAACCCUCGUCUUUAAAAGGCCUUUUGUGAACACACGCCAUUCACAAGCGGCAUCGUUGAAUUGUGACCACAUCCCCACUGCCACUCCAUGUCCCCAGAGCCCCUCUCUGGGACAGCCCACCCCCAUGGCCAGGAUAUCCUCAACCCCUGAGCUGGCUGAUCAGGGACCCUGAGCUAUGCAAAGCUAUCUCCUUCCUUUGCUUCUUAACCUAUGGCCCUUGAAAAUAUAUAUUUUUUUAAGAUUUUAUUUAUCUAUUUGUCAGAGAGAGAGAGUGUACAGGCAGGAGGAGCAGCAGACAGAGGGAGAAGCAGGUUCCCCGAUGAGCAGGGAACCCAAUGCGGGACUCGAUCCUAGGACACUGGGAUCAUGACCUAAGCCAAAGUCAGAUGCCUAACCAACUGAGCCACCCAGGCGUCCCAGGCCUUGGACAUAUUUUGGAGUGCUAGGAAACCAUUCAAAUAAUGCUCCAUUUUAACUGUCCUCUGUGUCAUGAAUCUAAUUAAUUAAUGUUCAAAGACAAGGUAAAUGGAGUCUCAGGAAACAGGCCUUCUUUGGAAGAUUCUAGGUCUUAAUUAACGGGGGCUUCUUCCGAAAUCUGUUACCAAUUAUGCAAGGGAACAAGUGCUACUGAGAAAAGGAGCUGAAUAUGGGGAUUCACCCUCUAGAAGGUCACCUUCAGUUAGGCAAAGACAUUGUCAGGGGGAUUAAAUUAACAGAUACCACUUUCACCCCCCUGUGUAAAUUUGACCAGCAGGCAGUGUAUUCGUGACACUAUUGGACAUCACAUUUGAGAGAAGUACUGAACGAAGGAGGAAUUUUCUGAUAAGAACCUCCUCUCUUUUAAUUUAAAAGUUUCUUAGCUUUCCUGCCAUGUGCGCCUACAGCAGUGGGACAGAAACCUACCAAGAAAAAGAACUGGGUACCAUCUCCCUACCAGACUCUUAACUUCUACUUUUGUGUGAGUUUUUCUUUUUUUUUCCCCCCACUCAGGAGAGAAACAUAUCUUUAAGCAAGAGAAGAUACUCCUUAAGUGUUAAAGUUGGUGAUGUGUGUAAAUAGUGUUUUAGGAAGCCUCAGAAUAAUAGAUAGUUCUGGAAUAGCUUAGUUCAGUAAUUCCAACUUCUAUCCCCUAGGGUGAUUUCAACAUCGGAGCCUUCUCUCAUUCCCUCCGCCCAGCUCCGCCCAGCCGAGUCUUGCCAUAUUCUUGAGAAAAAGCUGUGUCUCUGCUGAGCGGUGGGUGAGCUUUAAAAUGUUGGUCUUCUCCAGGAACCUAAAAUCACCCCCAACAGUCUUUUCCCCCAAAAAACUUCCGUCAUACCCUCUGUGCUGACCCUCCCGGACAGGGCUGUGGUCUCGCCCACCUGCUCCCACCUUCUCUGUAAUCACUUUCCAUGAAGUGGAGCCUUCUGAUCCAUUUGGGCUCCCCACACCAAAUCUGACACCUAAUGAGCUUCAAGGUUCAUUUCUCGGGCACAGGAUCCUCCAAGGGUCUCACUGCCAAAGAACUGGACCGGAAAACAGGCUAUCACUACAGACACUCACCAUAUAUCCCUCCCUAGACUUUUAAGCUGGAAAAUUUUCCUGGAACUGUGUCUGGGUACAGAACCAUGGGAAUGCUCAAAACGAACACAUAGUUGUCUGAAGCUAUAAUUAAGACAUCGAGAAGGUCAGAGGGUGUAGAGGAGAGCAUCCCAACUCUGAGACUGACCUUGUCAACCUUAGCUUAGGAACCCCUUCUGGAAUGCCAUCAAAAUGGGUCAUGUUGCCCAAGAAAGCACUUUCUCCAAAAACCCCUGAAGGCAUCUGACUUCAGCUUGAAAAUCACUGCCAGAGAGCAGUUUGAACUCACUGUUCACUGUUUGAUUAUGCAAAGCCUACAUUUGAGUCAUUUCACCAAUGUCAUACUUGUUGUGGGUGAUUUGAAGACAAAGACUUUUCUGUAUGUUACUCGGUAACUGCGCAAGUACUUUGGCCCUCCAGAUGUAUACCUCACCUGUUUCAAAUGCUUUCCGGGAUUUUCCAUCACGCAAGGCAGCUUUCCAAUCUAAUAUUUAUAUCAUACUUUACAGUCUGCACAAUGUUGUCACAACCAUAUUCCCAUUAGAUCCUUAAAACCUCACUGUGACACAGGCACGCGUGACACAGAUGGAGGAGCAGAGGUGUACUUGGCUAAUUACAUGACAGCAGGGAGAACCCACGAUCCGACCAUCCGUACUUUGUGUGCACUACAUCUUGCCGCCUCAAAGACAGAACUGUUUCCGAGCUCAAAUUUUUUCAUAAGCUAGACUGCCUCUGGGGUAAUGCAACUGGAUGUACUUAUGUCCUCAGAAAGUGUAAAUAAAAACCCGAAGUGUCCAAAAUUAAGGCAACACCAUGUGAUGUGAAUAUAGAAUAUCAUUUAUUUAAAUGUGCCCCUGAGCUACAUAAAAGGCCUGAACUCUGUCUGACCCAGCUAGGUCGCGCUGGAGGUCCCUUCACUUCUCCGGGCCUCAGUUUCCCCCUCUGUCCACACUGGA